AUGUCGUUACCUGAUAAACGGCCCCUCAGCCGAUGGGGGAACAUCCAGAUUGAUACAUGGAAUAAUUCCCUUGAGGAAGUGAGCCAGUACGGACCGUGUCUGAUGACAGCAGCGAGCACAUACGGCGCCAGUUAUACGAAUACCCUUGAUUUCAUAAGAUAUCUUGAAUGCCAGCAUGAGCCAAUGCAUCAUUCAUCCCCGUAUCAGAUCGUGGCGAGGCUGUUGAAAUCAGGUCGUAAGCGGCUGCGACAACUUGAAGACAGCACCAAGUCAAUAACAUGGCGCAAGAACAACACAGCUGCAAAAACGGGCAAUCACGUCCAAACGGAGAGCCCAAAGUCGAGGAUGUGGAGAACCACUCCGAAGGCGAGAAAGAAGAGGAACAUGAACGGAGAAGUGGAAUUGCACCUGGCUGAGGACGAUCAACGUCGCAACCCUCAGCGGCGCAAGUGGAUGAUGGUUGCUGGAACGCGCACCAGAAGGGAGUCGAGAUUGAUCGAUUACGAGAAUCGCGACUUUUUAUAUCCAGGAAUAGGCAGGCUACCGUCUUUGUCGCCCGAGCACGAGAGAACUACACCAGACAAAAACUGCAGCGAAAAUGAUGGCCGGAAUAUGAUGGUGAGACGGCUCUCCCAGCAACGACGGGCCCCAGAGGAAGUGUGCUGGCAGGCGAGGUCAGCGCUCGCUCCAGGGUAUCAGAACACCCUGGGCCGUGGCGUUGAAAGCGCUGAAGGGUCCACUAUUGCACGUCCUUCUGGCACAAAUGCUGACCAUUCAGACAAUGAGCCGCACUCUUUAGUGUUGGAACCUCCCGAGGCUAGGGAUGCUGGCGUCUUAUCCACAGCGCCAGACGGCUGCCACAGCAGCAUCCCGGCUGGGAGCUGCAGCGGGGAGGGCUUCUCAGAAGAAAAUAAGAUUAAGCCCGAGAAUUCCCAUCACCCAGAGGAAUCCCAUUUCAAGCCUUGUCUUCUUCAGGAGACUGUUGCGGCGGGUUCAUCAACCUUCUUAGCUCUUCCACCUUUACGGCUCCAGUUUCAAGAUAAAAAUAAUCCCCCCCCGUUGAAUAACACGGGUCCAGCCCCACAAUCCUCAGAAAUUCUCCAUGGUAUAGUGCCAGUUGCAGCUGCUUGGGAUUACAAAGUAAAAGGAGAUACAAAGACAACUAAACCGCUGCCUUGCCCGCCAUCCGACUCUUCUCACAUCGACCUUCAGUGUCUACCGCCCAGAAGCUCCAGUAAGGGGGCUUGCCGUAGCUCGUCGCUAUUCGCUGCUUUCAAUCAUCAUCACCCAGGCCGCGGCCGGACCUCUGAUUUCAAGAGUUGUUGUCGUGGUUUCUCACCAGCGUUCCCCCGAAAUUCCACUGAAGCGCAGUCGUUGAUUUCUCUUUUCCCUCGCCCGGGUCGCUGGUCGGAUGCCCCUCACUCUGCAGUUUCUAUUCCCUCGCUAGAUAAGAUACAGCAGCCACAUGCGGUGACCUCGACACCAAACGAGCCGACAAUGGCAAACAGAAGUGGGAAUCGAAUAUUGUUGUCGAAGAAAUCUCCUCUGGCAGUUUCGCCUUUACCACAAGAGCCGUCACCGUCACUGGACAUGACGUUUGUUCAAGCUCCCAACAGCUAUCCUUCGUGCCUUGAGACCGGAGAUCAUUCCCAUCACCAAGCCAAAAUAACAAAUAUACAAGAACAGUUUACUUUCGCUGGACCUAUGGAACGGCGAUCGAUGGAAAGCAAUGUUGGAAGACGCUUAACUCCGAAAGCAUCAUCGGAGUCUAAAAAAUUAUGCUUUUUGGAGACUUCUGAACCGUUGAAAGUGGAUACAACAAAACCACUGGACCAGAUGUCCAGAGCAGAGCGAGUGUUUGCAUUGCGAAUGCGAGAUAUAUGUGCUGCUCGCGGAUGCACCAAAAGGGAUGCAUACCAAGCUCCGGCUCUGCAUGGCAGCACAUCAGAAGGAAUGCAAAGCGAGUGUGAGCAACCAAAGGACCUCAAGCAGACGAAAGAUAGACCGUUGAAUGGGUCGACGGCUUCCCCCAAGGCCCGUUGUAACGAUACGCCAGGUUCUCCUCCUAGCAUGCCCCUGCCAGCGGAUCCUCCCAUAUCCUCUCUGCGUUCUUCCACAAGCAAGACGCUUCUAAUCGCAAAUCAACUGGUGACCUUGCCACCAUCUACUGUAUCUUUGGAUGCUACCACUGCCCGCAAGGCCGAAGUACGCGUGUCAAGUUCCAGCGGAAGCACGCACAGAAGCAAUAGCAAUAAAAGCUGGUCGAGUAAGAGUGCUCGUUCAGCAACCGAUAUACCUCAUCAGAACUGGUCAACCCAAGCAGAGCACCAGAUAUCCAGACUGGAGCUCGAUGGCCCAAGAGAAGAAAUGAUAACUAGCGGCGCUCGUCCUCUUACCCCUCAGUCUCCUCCAGUAUCUACCGAAGAGCAUGCUGGCGGUCUAGAUUGCGACCGCUCCCGCCUAAGAACCAACCCAAGCCCAAAAGACAACAAUCGCAAAAACACCUUCUUCUACACAGGCAAUAGCUCUGACACCCGGAUUGACAACCCCCAUGUAUCCCGAUCUCCUCUCCGUGAGCGUUUCUCCCACGAUAUCCCCAGUCCACCUAGCCUCAACCAGCAUACCACAACCCAUCACAGCAAUAACACCAACAGCUCUACCAGCACAAAGAGCAACAGAAACAGCGCCAGCAACCACCCCCAAUCCUCCUCGUCCCCUCAACCAUUACCUACCCGGGCCCGCACACAAGACCCCACUCUACACUCGCAAUGCGAAGCCCGCAUCGCCUUCCUCGAGCGCCAGAACAAAAUGCUCCAGGCAGCCCUAAUAGCCGCACUGGAAGUAGGUGUCACCUUCGACGCAGACCUCAUGCGGAGCGUCACCUCAACGCCCCCCGUCAGCGUUGCUUCUCCAAGUAGCGACAUCAACAAGAAAGAUGCAUACCGCUGUUCAUACGCCAGCGUAUCUACAGCAGGAACAACGAGGACAAACACCAGUUCGCGCCGGAGUAUGGAAGGUCGUCUGUCCUAUAAUAGUGAUCGGAGCAUGGAAGCUGCAGCUAAUGUUGUUAGGUCACAGAGUGUGCGGGAUGCGCGGACAAGGCAGUACGCUGGAGAAAAUUAUCGUAGCUGUUAUGCGGAGAAGAAAAAUAGUGUCUGA